UAAGAAGAAGACUGUGGCGGAGGAGGGCAGCAGUGCGCUCAGAGAGUACUGUCUGGCGGAAACAUACGAAGAAGAAGGAGGAGAAGCACGGGAACGGGAAGAAGAGCGACCGCAGCUUCACUGACCUUCAACUUUCGAGGUGAAACAUUUGCAAAAACAGCAAAACUGAGAUGAGCUGAAGACAAAGAAGGAACGCUUCACAGCAGACCUCAGGUGAUGCAAGUUGAGCGGCUUUAGCUGAAUUUCAGUGGAGUCAUGGAGGAGGACUGCAGGCCUUUGCUGAGCUCAGAGCAGACUGGAGAGGGCUACAUGCACAGAGGCUCCACAGAUUCACUGGACUUCAAAACCAAAAGGCCUUUCCAUGUGGAACCCAAUAACAUCAUAGAUGACGGCCCACAGGAGAAAAUCUCUGCUGAGGCGGCUGUACUCAACAACAGACUACACUACUACAGCAGACUCAUGGGGUCUUCUGAUCGACUAUUGAGCCCUCCAGACCAUGUGAUUCCCCAGCCAGAUGACAUCUACAUCUACAGUCCACUGGGAACAGCUUUCAAGGUGCCAGGCAGCGACCAUCCCGCUAAAAACCCCAGUAUCAUUACCAUAUUUGCUGUAUGGAACACAAUGAUGGGCACAUCUAUACUGAGCAUGCCUUGGGGUAUAAAGCAGGCUGGUUUCACUCUUGGAGUCUUCAUCGUCAUCUUCAUAGGCCUGCUGAUGCUGUACUGUUGUUAUACUGUCCUCAAAUCACCAAAGUCAAUAUCACAUAUAGAUACAUCAGACUGGGAAUUUCCUGAUGUUUGUCAGUACUACUUUGGAAAAGUUGGUCAGUGGUCCAGCUUGAUGUUCUCUAUGGUUUCACUUAUUGGAGCUAUGGUAGUUUACUGGGUCCUCAUGUCCAACUUCCUCUUCAACACGGGACAGUUUAUUUACAACCAUGCUCACAACAUCAGCGAGGCAGAUUCAGAGUUUCAAACCAACGGUUCCGAAAAAGUCAUCUGUCCAAACAUGGACCCUGGAAGGAAUGAGACUAUCAGCACGCUUUACCUCAGUGACUAUCGAAAUACGUCUGAUGUCAGCUCAUUCGAGCAGUAUUGGAGUAAAACCGACACUGUCCCCUUCUAUCUCAUCAUUCUGCUGCUUCCACUGCUCUGCUUCCGCUCAGCUUCCUUCUUUGCAAGGUUCACCUUCCUGGGCACCAUAUCAGUGGUCUACCUGAUUGUACUGGUCACUGUCAAAGCUGCCCGUCUUGGCUUUCAUCUAGAAUUCCACUGGUUUGACAAAACCCAGUUCUAUGUUCCAGAGUUCAGAUCGCUCUUCCCUCAGCUCACUGGUGUUCUCACUCUGGCCUUCUUCAUUCACAACUGCAUCAUCACAUUAAUGAAGAACAACAAGAACCAAGAGAACAAUGUGCGGGACCUGUCUGUGGCUUAUCUUUUAGUAGGCCUAACCUACCUGUAUGUUGGAGUGUUGAUCUUUGCGGCCUUUCCCUCACCUCCUCUCUUUAAAGACUGCAUUCAACCAAACUUCCUGGAUAACUUCCCCAGCAGUGAUAUUAUGGUGUUUGUGGCCAGGACCUUCUUACUUUUCCAGAUGAUAACUGUCUACCCCCUGUUGGGUUAUCUGGUGCGGGUUCAGAUAAUGGGUCACAUCUUUGGAAAUCAUUACCCCAGUUUCUUUCAUAUUCUGGCCCUGAACAUCGUAAUUAUUGGAGCUGGUGUCCUAAUGGCCAGGUUUUAUCCCAAUAUAGGAUCCAUCAUACGGUUUUCUGGAGCAAUUUGUGGAUUGGCUUUAGUGUUUGUAUUUCCUGCUUUGAUCCACAUGAUCUCCCUGAGACAGCAGGGGAAGCUCAGCGUGGUGUCAGCGAUUUUCCACAGUUUCCUAAUCAUCCUGGGUGUAGCCAACCUGGUAGCUCAGUUUUUCAUGUAAGAAGAGGCUAGUUAACUUUUCAGAAGCAAGAUUAAUAAAUAUGAAGAAGAAUUCAGAUACGAAUUUGAUAUUAUUUGAAGAAAAUUGAAGUGUAAAAGGCAGAUAAAUCAAAUCAUCUUUCAGCUAUUCAGAUUAGUGUUUGUGUUUGUAGUAGAAAGUUAUCACAAAAAUUUAAUACAGGUAAUAACAGGAAUUCAGUGUCUUUGGUAUAUAUUCCUUUUUAUUUUCUUCAUGGAAUCCAGCCUUUGGUAUUUCUGAUCAUAUGAUAUUCAUGAUACUCGUGCCUGUACUCUUUCAACAGAUGCCCUGCUAAUUUGUAUAACAUAUUAUGAUCUGUGUUAAAGCAUUCUGUUAAUAUCACUAGUAUCAAGCUGGUAGGAACAUGUUAUAAAUGGGGUUCUGUUACCAUCCAUAUGUUUUUGGCCACAGUUUUUUUCCUGGGAAAACAAAACCAAAAAGCAGACAGUCAAAAUGAGAGGCCGGAUCUGGGGAACAAAAUGGAAAAUUUAGCAGUUUAAGAUUUAUAAAUAUUCACUGUUUUUGUAGCUAAAUGUGAGUGAAUAUUAGAGGUGCUGAUCAAGUGGACACAAAUACUAGUCCAAAUGAACAACACUAGUACUCUCAUAGUACUACUCUUAUAGCUACUACUUGUUGUAUUAAGCAGCUGAUUCAGUUACUUGCAUGUAACUUACUGCAGCUAGAUCUUAUAAUGAUCAUAGUUCUAUCUUGCUGAUAAAAGGGAAUCAUAAUAUUGACGUGUAAUCUGUUAAUUUUUUUUUUCUUCAAACCUGUCAUUUUGUGUGCAUAUUUUUUGAAUGAACUUCUGGCUCAAUCAUCUGAUUAUUACCCGCUGUCUUGAUUUAUAUGUUUUAAAUGUUUACAGAUACUUUGCCCCAUUAAGUGUAUUUUGCUAAUGUUAGGAUAGACAAAGGGAUUGUGUGCAUGGAAAAAGUUUGUAUUAACUGCAGCUUUCAUGUUAUGUUUAAGCAUCAAUAUCAAUGUGAAGAAUAAUUUUUGGUUUGAGACAAAUUACAGUAGUAUGGGUAUUAUAAUCAAUAAUCAAUAAUUCACUGAGGUCACAGUGAGAUCAGGACACACUAUGGGAACAAACAAGCCAUAGCUUGAUAUUAAUAAUUGUUAUGGCAGAGUAAUAUUAGACUAUUAAUUGAUUCUUGCCUCAUAGGCAAAUUUGCAUGUGUUUCUAUAUUACCCCUAGUGUCUGGGCCC